AUGGGUUCAAACACCGAGCCUCUUACAUUCCCCAAGCCAAAAUUCAUCACUGGAGGGUGUCUCUGCAAUGCAAUUCGAUAUCGAGUGGACUUCCCCGAAGACCACGACUUUCUCAAGUCGUCCUCCACCUGCCAGUGUACUCAGUGCCGCAAGCAAACCGGCUCCCUCUUCUUCAGCUGCCACAAGAUAUCACCGGCAAGUAACUUUCAAUUCAUCGGAGAUGACUUCAGCUCCGGCACUCCGCCCGCAGCACUUAAAAUAUACCAGGCCAGCAAGCAAGCCGAGCGCGCAUUCUGCGGAAAUUGCGGGUCCUUCAUCUACUGGAAGCCUUUGGCUGACUCGACUGAACCGGGGAGCGGUAACAAGAUGGACUAUUUGUGCUUUACGGUUGGGACAACAGACCCGUUGUACCUGUUUGGCGAGGGGGCUGACGGUAUAGAGGUACCGAACGAAGGAUUUGGACUGGCGCUUGCAAACGGCGGCGGGUACCAUGUCUGGUGUCGGAAUGAGAUCAAAGGAGUUACUGAUGAGAGCGAGCUGCUGGGCAAGGGGACAAAAGGAAGAGGAAUUCGCCUGCAGGAGGAGUGA